AUGCCUAGCUAAAUAUUGAAAAUAGUAGGUCUUGUUGCUGUUACUAUUUUACUCACUCCUGUCUUGAUAGAUAACAGAGAUCCCGACCUCGGUGGAAUCAAAGAAGACUUUCUUCAAAAAUUCAAAGACCUCGAAUUCAAAGAUAACAUCAAAGAAUUCAUUUAAAAAAACAGAUUUUACUGUAUUAAUGGAAAGAAUCCAGCUUAAUUAAACGCUUAAGAGCAAUUAGAAGAAUUCAAAAAAGGUCCUUGUGCUCCUUUGACAAUCAUGCCAGGUAUUCUCGGAACUUCCCUUUAAGUCUAAAUUGAUUGUGAAGUUUUGUAACAAGAAAAUCCAGAAAUAUUUGCAAAUUGCGGCUGGUCUACUUGUUCUAGUUAUAAUAUUUUUGGUAAGAGACCAGAAACAGAAUAUAGACUCUGGGUGGGAAGCAUUUUUUCAAAAACUAAACUUUUAUAAUUAAAAGACUCCAAGUGCUUUGGGGACUUGAUGAGUCUUAAUUAUGAUGAAAAAACAAAUAAAUUGUAAGACAAUAAAGGUGUUUUUGUUACUUGGUAUGGAAAUACACCAAAAACAAAAAGUAAAAGUGAGUGUGGAGCUAAUGCUAUCAGAGAUUUUACAGAUGAUCCCAUCAUGAAAUAAACCACUGAAUCUUUAAAUGGUUUUCAUAAUUUAAUUGAUGCUUUAGAAUAACUAGGUUAUCAAAGUGGACUUUCGUUCUAAGCUCUUCCUUAUGAUUUCAGAUAAUCUGUGGCUGAAAAUGAGACUAAAAGAUUGAUUAAAUCAGCAAUUAAUUCACUAUUUAGCUUAACCGGUAAAAAAUCUGUUCUAAUUGCUCACUCUUUAGGAUCACUUCAUACACUAGAUGCUCUUACCAGUUUUGAAUAAUCCUUCAAAGAUUAAAAGGUUAAACAAUUUAUAGCAAUAGGUCCUCCUUUUAUUGGUGCUCCCAAAAGUUUCAUUAACAUCAUUGGAGGUGAUCCUUCUUAUAUCUAAAAUAUCUUAGGUUUGCAAGUUGGCAUUAAUUUCUACUCUUAAACCAAAUUCGCUUACAGUUCUUCUAGUACUUACGAUCUCUUGCCAAAGAAUACAUUUUAUGAGUUUAAAGAUGAGCCCUGGUUAAAAGAGCUCAUUUCUAGAAUAGAAUAUGAAAAGGAUCCUUCUAAAUUUUCUGAAGCCCCUUUCAAGAGUAUAUUCCCCGAAAGAGAAAAUGAAUGCUUCGAUACUAAUAAAUUAUUUUUUAGAUCUGACAAUACAUGCUAGUCUGGAUUAAUUAACCUCUUUGAGCAAGAAAUUUUAAAUAUAAAAAAUUAAACUUUUAAAUCUAACAAUGAAGAUUUGAUCAGCAUUUUAAACAACUUUACUCUUGAUGAUGCUUCUAAGUACAUUAAAUUGUAUAAUAAAUCUUUAAAAGCUGAAGGUCUUAACAAGCUUAAAAACCCUGGUGUUCCCACUGCUAUUAUUUUUGGAGGUAUUCUUGAAACUACAAUUAGUUUAAAUUAUAACGAAAAUCCUAAGGAUAAAUUAUCUGUAAAUAAAGAUUUCUAUUUCCCUGAAUCAUAAAGCUUUACAAUUGGUGAUGGCACUGUUCCUACUUAUUCAGCCAUUACUCCUGCUUUCAAAUGGGCUUUUGAAUUCGAUAAUCAAUCCCCAAACAGCAAACCUGUUAAAUUGAUUGAAUAUUGCUCCAAGCACGCAAGUAAUGAAUCUUUUUAUGACAACACUUCAAAAAAUGGAGAAAAGAUUUAUACUAAAAACUCAUAUCAUGGAAUACCUUGUGAAUGUCAAAAUACUAAGAGUGUAGAAAAAUGUAACCAUUCUUGCUUUAUAAAUGAUAAAUUUGUGAUUGGCACUAUAUUUGAAGCUAUCUAAACAAAUGAAAUAGCAAAAAAAACUAAAAAAUAUACAUUAAAUGAAGUAUUAUCUAUUUAAUCUGAAUGUCCUGUACUAAAGGAUUGA